AUGGAAGAACGUAGCAGUUCCAUUGAACAUUCUAAGUUUCUUUGUCUUUUGUCUUGUGAUAUGCUUCGGGGAAAACAAAGAAAGAAAAAAAUGAAUCAAGAAAUCGUAAAUUUGAACAGUUUGCAAAGUGUCCAAUGGAGCAGCAAAAAAGUUGCGGAAUCGAAUAAUUUAAAGUUGUUUAAACAUCAGGAAGUGAUUAUAAAGAAUCUACCGAGGAAGUUACUCAACUGUAGUGCUAAUAAAAACAUUUAUUCUUUAGAGGGAAAUCUCCAUAAGUAG